AUGAAAAUGAACCCAUCGAAGCCAUGGCCACUUCGGAGUGUUUGCAUCUGGUUUCUGGCAGCGAGCAUCCAGCCGUGCACAUCCUUCAGCCGACCGAGCCUUUCCCUGAAAACCAGACUCGCAGGUGAAUCGUUCCAGGAGCCCGGGAAAUGGGCGCCGGCACUGGUGGAGCCGCAGUGGGCGGAGUGGAAAGCCUCUCGCCCGAGAUUUUGCUCCAUUUUCCCGCGUUUAUGUGCUGCUGAUGGUUUGUCGGUUCGGGUCACAAUCAUGGCAGCGCAAGACAUGCGCGAGAGCAUGCUUGGCAUCGGCUCCUGCUGGUUUGUGCCAUUCGUCAUUCUCUGCACAGCUUUUGGGGUCUUGCGCCCUGGAUUGCCCGCAGCAAGCAAUUCAUCCUUCCACCUCGACAAGCUUACCGCCUGGUGGCAUCGCGGCCCGAGACUCUCGGUGAUCUCCUUGAAAGUUUACGUGUGCAUGUUGCUGCUCAUCGAGCUGCUUGGUGCCUCAUCGCCGCUGGUCUCAGUUCUCUCCCUGCCAGAAAUUCUGCGAAGAGUGCGAAGACACCCCUAUGGGCCCGGAGACGAGGUGGGGCUAUUCGACGGUCACGGACUCGCAGACUCGCCCCAUCUAAUGCCACGACUCACCUAUUUGUUCAUGCCAGAUCUGGACGACAACACCGCUGAUGGCUAUGCCUCUUUUCAUGCUGUGUUUCGAGCCACGCUGCUGGCUGCCUGGUGCAUCUUCCUGGUCGCACCAUGCACCUGGAGAAUGACCUCCCCCGCGUGCUAUGCUUCGGGAGCGGCGAUGUAUUUCUAUUUUGGCAGCCUGAGCAUGAUGUUUGCGCCCACCACCAGCGUGUGCUCCUCGUAUUUCUUCGUGGUAGGUGCUGUCUUCGUGGUGGCAGAUGCUGAAGAUGCUUCUGCGCAGGCAUGGUUGUGGAAGCUCCUGGUCAUGAGCAUAUUGGCGCCAUACUACCUUGCAGCAGGCUUCGCGAAGCUGCGGUACGCUGGCUGGAUAGCAGUUCUUACUGGGAGUUGGAUCCGGGAGGACUUGUUAGAUUUCCCUUCGAUAUUUCCUGGCUUCAAUGCUUGGGUGGCACACACGCCCUUGGCGGCCGCCCUCUUUUCGUUCGGCUGCAUGCUUGUCGAGUUCGUGGGGCCGUUGCUCGUCCUUUCCAUCGAUGCCGGAAAACCAUGUUCCAAGGUUGCGCGGUGGACGCUUACGAUAUGGAGUUCGCUUGUCCUUGGUUUUCUCCUGGGAGCCUAUGUCUUUUUCGGCCCAAACUUUAUUCGGCAGGUGCCCUUGACAAUCAUGAUUCUACAUGGGCUCUGGCGCACAGAUGGAUCCGAGAGCCAGCAUCCGGAAGCUCAGGGAGCCCCACCGUUGGUAUAUUACUGCAGGGUCAUAUUGGCAAUGGUGCUUUUGAGCUCGUGGUUUGCCGUUGAAAUGUGGUCAGACCUAGCACAUCUCACCGGCGCCACGCCACAACUAUCAAAGCAUGAUCCAGCUUGGCCAAUUGGUGAGUUUGCCAUGUUCGUUUAUCCGUCGGACACGUCGAGCUACUCGCGCUCCCUGUCUCUCGAGAUCUUGAUCUUUCCUGGCCUUUGCUUGAAGAAGUCGCAGGACAUUCGGUCCGUUGCAAAGAGCUGCGAGAUUUAG